AGAGAGAAGACGAAGGCCGGUCUUGGAACGUGAGCCAGAGUGUGUCUCGCCGCCGCGCCGCCCAUGGAACCCUCGCUCGCCAACACGAACAAAACACCGCCUUUACCGACACACCCUCUCUCUCCCCGGGCCAUAUCCGCGCCGCAUGCUCACCUCACGGGUAUAUACUUCGUCCUUCGACCCAUCCCACAUUCCGGUCUCUCCCCUGCUCGAGGAAGCAACAGUUGGGAAUAGCACUCGCAAACUGCUUCCUUUAUGCUUAAUCUUUUCGGUCGUACUCCUUUCUCCAUUAAAGAAGGGUUUUUUUCCUGCGUUUCCUAUGGGGAUGGAUGAGCGAAUUUUGAAUGGGAGGCGGAGGUGCGCUGGGCAUUAUCUGUAAAUAUUAGGGUGGGGGGGGAGAAAUGGGGCGCUAUAUCCGUCAUCAAAUGCAACAUCAAAGACACAACAACAUUACAGCGAGACAAAACAACAAACCAACGAGGGAGAAGAGAGAGAAGGGCGAGGCGAGGAUAGAGAGGGGGAGGAGAUAGAAGAGAGAGAGAAAGAGAAAGAGAACGGCUAUUAUAAGGCGGUUUCUUUGGGAUUAAGACCAUAAAUUUUACUUGAAGAAGAAAAAGAAGAAGAAGCAGCAGCAAGGGCUGAAGAUCUCAGCAGCUAUAGUAGGGCAGGGGAGGGGCGGAGGAGAGGACGGCCGGACGUCGCUGCGCUCCAGCGAUCGGCUGAUACUGAUCCGCGCCGCGCCUGGAAUUCCAAGCCCUUUCGAGGAAAAAAGAAGCGAUCUUUUUCGUUAUGCCGGAAGCGGGUUACUAUUGUUCUAAGAAGACGGACGACAUCUGCGAGGACGUCUGCGGCGAGCAGACGUCGAGGGCAGCGCUGAGCAUGUCGCGGCUGCGGUGCGCUCUCCGGGGGUUCGAUCUCAAGGCAUUCCUGCUGCUCUUCAUGGGCGUCCCCGUCCUCAUCUUCAUCAUCUACCUCCAUGGCCAGAAGAUUACCUACUUCCUCCGCCCCAUCUGGGAGUCCCCUCCCAAGCCCUUCCGCACCAUCCCCCACUACUACCACCCUAACAUCUCCAUGGAGCGCCUCUGCCGGCUCCACGGCUGGGGCAUGCGUGAUACCCCCCGUCGGGUCUUCGAUGCCGUUCUGUUCAGCAACGAGCUCGACAUGCUCGAGAUCCGGUGGCACGAACUCAGCCCUUACGUCUCAGAGUUCGUCCUCCUCGAGUCCAAUUCCACCUUCACUGGGCUGUGGAAACCCCUCGUCUUUGCUGGCAACCGGAGCCGCUUCAAGUUCGUGGAAUCGCGGCUGACCUACGGCACCAUCGGGGGGAGGUUUGUCACGGGGGAGAAUCCGUUCGUUGAGGAAUCAUACCAGCGAGUGGCAUUGGAUCAGCUUAUUAGGUUUGCAGGCGUUGAAGAUGAUGACUUGUUGAUCAUGUCCGAUGUCGACGAGAUCCCAAGUGGCCAUACGAUCGACCUCCUGAGAUGGUGCGAUGAGAUUCCCGAGAAGCUUCAUCUCCAGCUCCGGAACUAUCUCUACUCCUUUGAGUUUUACCUUGAUGACAAAAGCUGGAGGGCUUCGGUUCACAGGUACCAAGCAGGGAAGACCAGAUAUGCUCAUUUCCGGCAGACCAAUGAUCUAUUUGCUGAUUCAGGGUGGCACUGCAGCUUCUGCUUCCGUCAUAUAAGCCAAUUCAUAUUCAAGAUGAAGGCAUAUAGCCAUGUCGAUCGGGUGAGAUUUGCCUACUACUUGAAUCCUUCGAGGAUUCAAGAUGUGAUCUGCCGAGGAGCAGACCUGUUUGACAUGCUUCCGGAAGAGUAUACAUUCCAAGAGAUCAUUGCCAAGUUGGGGCCGAUACCUAGUUCGUAUUCUGCAGUUCACCUUCCUAGUUAUAUACUUCAGAAUGUUGACCGGCAUCGAUACCUCUUGCCUGGGAACUGCAAGCGAGAAAGUGGGUGAGUUCUAUUGGUGGCAUCGUAGGUUGCUUGCAAAUUCUACGAGAGUGUUGCUGAGAAUUUGAUGACCGUACAACUAUGAUGAAGAUGAGUAUCUGACAUGGUUGGAUGAUUCUUCUGGGACAAAGGACAAGCAUCAACAUUUUCUUGCGCUUAUCUCUGCAAUAUCAUUUGGAGCUGAUCAUAUCUGUACAAGUUUUCCUGAUGCCACCAUUUAUUUUUGAGGGAGAUCAGUGAAUUUAACUACCAUGGGAGGUUGUUCACCCCUUCUUACCUUAUUGGUAUGUGACAUGACACCGGUUGUUGUAGAAUGGAAACUGAGUGAUGUAUCCUAAAUUUUAUUUAUGGGAUCUUGUUUUCCUUCAAAAACUGAUUUAUCGAUGUAUUCUUCUUCAACUUCCCUGGAAAAUCUAGACUUCAUCAUUGUACCA